AUGACUGCGGCUGUUCAGCUGGGUGAAGAGGAGUUCCAUGUGAGCCUCUCCCAGCAGAAGCAGCAGUUGCUGAGACUUUGCGCAGAGCAUCAGCUUGCUUGGCAGGCGACGCUGAAUCAGGCCUUUGCCAAGUUGGAACGUUCGAGUGGAACCAACAAGAGCGCCCCUGGAAGCCCAAGGGGAGUGGCUGCAAAGGGAGACUCACAGACGGCGCUGUCCUCUUUGAUCAGCAGACAGGAAGCCGUGACGGAGAAGUUGGAGAGCCAGGAGCGCACCAUCCGGUGGAUGAUCGACGCGCUCUCGGAAGCACAGGAAGAGGUGGAGGCCGAGCUGCCCUCGCUGCUGGAGCUGAAGUCCUUUGAUGUCAACGAACUUCCUCCAGGUCAUGAGCAGACCUGGCAGCGUUGUACCUCCAAGGAUAGCAAGGAGUCGCAGCUUCCCGCCAGCUACACCCUUGAGGAGUUUCAGCUGAAGCAAGAAGCCAUGACUGCGACCGGGUCGCUCCAACGGAAACGCUACAGCGAGCGGCGUGUGGAGGUGCAGGAGAAGAGUGGGUCCUCGUCCAUUGCGCGGCAGAUGGAUCGAGUCGCCGGCAUGAUUCAGCAUCCGCUCUUCGAGUCCACCAUGACGAUCAUCGUGGCGCUCAAUGCGGUCUUCAUCGGCAUCGAUACUGAGAACAGCUUGCAGCGUGAAGGACCUGGAGUUGGGUACGAUUGCGGCCAUCGGCUCAAAAAGCUGAUCACGCGGCGCAUGGCCUGCUGCGCCAAGUGCCGCCGAGCACCUCCUGCUGGAGGUGACUCGUGGUGCUUGGCCUGCACCGCCUGUGAAGCGCUCGGCGCGGAGCUGGGGUUCCACUGGGGACACCCCGGGCUCCGCGCCGUCGCGACCGACAUCUGCGUGUCGGCGGUCAGGCAGGUGCGGGCCCUUCGUGUGACGCGGGUGGUCCCGCCCGCGGCUGGGGCACCUCGCGACCCCGCGCCGCGCGGUGUGGUGACACCGCCGCCGGUGGCCGGAGCUGGAUCCGAGCCAUCGGACCCCCGGAGGCCCUUGGCGAGGUCUCCUCGGCCGGCCGCUGAGGCCCGUGAGGGUGAGCGGAGCGGCGCUGCUGCUUCGGCUCUCGAGCCGCCUGAGGCGGAAGAAGAGACCUCAGGAGAAUCGGAGGAAUCCGGAUCCGGGUCGGAGGUGACCACUAUUGGGCCGGGAGUGACACCGGUGACCACUACAGGGCUGGCUGCAAAGGCGCGCCCUGAGGCCAGGCCGUCGAAGGAGGUUGACGAGGUGGCCAAGGAGGAGGUUGAAGAGGCGCGAGACGACGGACGAGAGGCUGACAAGGCUUUGUUGCAUGUAGCACGAGGAGGGGACGACUUCUUCGGGCGCUACGAGGUUUCAAAUUUCGAGCGCUGGAACUUGUUUGCCCCUCGCGCAGGAAACGUUUUGACGACCGAGCUGCCAGGAGAGUGGUUCGGUCAAGAUGGUAUAGAAGGAGUUUUUGUGGUAACCGACAGAGAACUGCAAGCAGAUGGUUCGAUGCUGGUAUAUGUAAGGGCUGUUGGAGCAAGUCGAGACGAUGCUCUACCAGCUCUAUCCUCGAGUUUCAACCGGCGAGCUGGCGCUCUCCACAUUUGCCUUGGAGAGGGGCCGUGCUCAGCCGAAGGGGCGGUUUUCCACGUAAGAAGCCUGGAGCUGUGGGAUGGACCUACGUUCCCAGGCCACCGCCUGUCGGUUGGAGGCCGCCGGAUGCUCAAGCAAGUCCUGGCGGGCGCAGAGGUUGCAGAUGGAGCGGAAUGGGAAGAAGGCCCAGCAGUCGACCUUGGAGAUUCGUCAAAGAAGGGGUUGAUUGCAGAGCCGGAGAAGAAGCGGAAGAGAGAUACAGGCACAGGAAAGGGAGGUCGUCCCCCGGUUCGCCCGAAGCCGAAGAAGAAGCAGGACGGAGAUGGAGGAGAUUUUCCGCCUACGGCCCCUGGCAUUUUGCGAGACAGGCUGGAAAAGAUCCGUGCCCGUCAAGAGACUAUGGGUCGUGGAGCGACCCCAGAGAGAGAUGGAGAAGACUUGGAGAAAGGGGAGGCUGGAAGUGCCGCCCAUGCAGUGGAACGCUUGACGACGUCGAGGAAGCUUGGCGAGACCUCGAUUGUUGCUGGAAGAGGAGUUCAGAGGCCGGGCAAUGGUCAGGCGGAGCGAAGAGGAGGUACUAUGAAGAGCUUGACGGACAAGCCUCGGACGGCUGGAGUCACUUCGAGCCUGGUCCUGAGAGCAGCAGAGGCGUGCAAGAGGAGCAAGUCCGGGAAAAAGAAAAAGAAGAAGAAAGAGAAAGCUUUCGAUGCCCUUCGCACGAUCUUCGGAGGCAAGAAGAAAAAGAAGAAGAAGAAGAAAAAGAAGGGCGGAUCCGAGGACCCGGACGGCGGAUCUGGAGGUGGAAGUUCUGGGGGGUCAGGCGACUCCUCAGAGGACGGGGGUUCGAGCGACAGUUCAGGAGGGAAGGAAAGCUCCGACGAGGCCUCCUUGCUCCCACCUCUCAAAAAGAAAAGCGAUCGCCAAGAAGGAUCAGUGCUCGAGCUCCUCGUGGAACAGGUGGAGAUGCGCCUCAACGAGUUGUCAGGCUCCGGAGAACACAGCAAUGCCCUGAUGCAGGGGACGAAGAUAGUGACCCACUGGCACUCACUCACCCAAGGAGGGGGAGUGAGUCAACAGACUCGAGACGGCCGCGAAUUGUUCCUCAUAGCAAACUGCAUCGACCUUCUCCGAGUAGGCCGCCUUGGCCGCCUCGGGGAUGCGCUGGCGGCUCGGUGGUUUGCUCUGGAGCAAGCACAGUUGGACCAAGGCUGGUCGGCAGCCAAGCAUUUGGAGCUGUACUCACCGGAGCACUUGACAGCGGCGGGACCGGCCAUCACGCUGGCUGCCAGAAAGUAUUCGAAGCUGAUGGACAAGGUGGCCGCCACAGACGAGAAGAAGACCAAGUCUUGGGGAAAGGGCCGCAAAGGCCAAAACGCCGGAGGCUGGCAACCCGCCGAUGCCUGGCAGGCGAAAGGAGGAAAAGGCAAAGGCGGGAAGCACCAGAAGGACGACCAGUGGGGCAAGUGGCAACAGGACGGGCGCGGGAGCUGGAAGAAGCAGAACUGGCCCGGGAACUGGAAGAAGGCACACCAGCAGGAGGACAAGGAAAAGGAGUUGCCGAGGCUGCAGGGAAAGGUCCACAUUCCUCAGAGUGAACAGCUGCCAGUAGCAAGAGAGUUGGUUAGGCGUGGCAUUUGUACCUGGACGGAGGACUCGGAGGUGCUGCGUUAUCGAGGACAAGAAGUGCUAAGUGGCCUAUUUGGAGUUCCGAAGAGCAAGCUCCUGCCGGACGGAAGGAGCGUCUUGCGGUUGAUAAUGAAUCUCACUCCUAUUAAUGCUGUCCUCAAAGUGAUAGAAGGGCGAGUGGCCCGCCUCCCCAGCAUCACGCAGUGGCUGAGUGUCGUGGUAGGUGACGAUGAAGAGGUCCGCAUUUCGCAGAGUGACAUGGCAUGUGCUUUCUAUCUUUUCAAGCUCCCCUCGCAGUGGUCCAGGCUGUUGACCUUCAAUGUGGGCUUCUCAGGUUCAGAACUGGGUUUCUUGGACAGCGAGCACAGAAGUAAGAGAUGGUUCUUGUCGUGUCAGGUCCUUCCAAUGGGCUGGUCCUCAGCCGUGGGAGUGAUGCAAGAGGCAGCGGAGACUAUUUUACUACGAGGAGGACUAGACGCUGGGGGGCAGUUGUCUAAAACGAGCCCUCUGCCGCCUUGGCUAGUCAACUGUGACCCUGGCGAGGCGAAUCAAGGCCGCCCGUGGUGGCAUGUGUAUUUGGAUAAUUUCGCCGGGGGGGCUAAAGUAAAAGGAACUGAAGCUGAUGCGUUGGUGGACCUGCAGCAUGCAGCCGAGGAAGAAUGGGACAAAGCGGGCAUAGUCAUUUCUAAGGGAAAGAGCGUGUCGGCGGCGAGUUCAGGUGUUGAGCUAGGCGCAUUCAUUGGGGGAAAAGGCCAGUGGAUUGGAGCUGGACCAGAUCGUAUGCUCAAGAUUGCUAAAGGUUCGUUGUGGCUGGCAGGGCAAUCACAUGUGUCGAGAAAGAAACUUCAGAUUGUGAUGGGGCGCUGGUGCUUUGCCCUUCAGUUUCGACGACCCGCUAUGUCUCAUUUUGACAAAGUUUGGUCGUGGAUAUCGGGGAAGUCCGUGUACGCUGGUGCUGGCCGGGAAGUCAAGUUAGAAUUGAUUCUGGCUGUCAUGGGCAUCCCGCUGUUUCACACCUGGCUGGGAGCUAGGGUCGAUGAAUCAAUUACAUGCAGUGACGCAAGCAUGCGGGGAGGGGCAGUGGCUGUUUCUAGGACCUUGAGCUCCGCAGGCAAGUCAUUUGUGGAGUCCCAAACGCGCCACAAUGCCCCACUAGCUGUGCCUGUGGUUGUAAUCUCCCUUUUUAACGGAAUCGGUGGAGCGGCGCGGUGCUAUGACAUCUGUGGCGUUGAGGUAAAGGCCUACAUUGCGUGUGACAUUCACAAGCCUAGCAACCGUGUUUGUGCGCGGAGGUGGCCCAACAUGAUCUUCUGGGAAGAUGUCAAGACGCUGUCUAAGAGUGUUCUCGCUGAGCUGUUGGCGGGGGUCGGUGACUUUGAAGAGCUUCACGGAGUGGCUAAGUUUGUUGGCUGGCUAGACCCUCAACUGUUGUUUCAGCGCAUGGGCCUCCCACCUGGUCUGGGGUUGCGAAGCGACUUGAUCUGCCCGCUGCAGACGGGGUUUGAGAUCCCUACGCGAGCCGGGCCUGAACGGCUGGCGGCUGAACGACGGCGGCUGCGCGGCCGGCUGAGUCUGUUAGACCGUGCCGUCACCAUUAAGACCCGCAUCCGUUAUUUCGUGGCAGUCAGCCAAGUAGUUGAGAGGCUAGAGCACACCCGGCUCGACAUUGAUGAAUUUAUGAUGCAGUGGGUUGAUGAACGCUACCUUGCAGGGGCCAGCAUCACCAGCGUGGCUGACACUCUGUCGGGCCUGCACCACUAUUUACCGUGGUCCAAAGGUCGUCUCAGAGGUGCUUGGAGGAUCUACGGCCUAUGGAGGAAACUCGAACGACCACGACAAGCACCGCCCUUUCCGAUUGAGGUCGUUGAAGGCCUCGUUGGGAGGCCCUACUCCCUCAGACGAGGGGGAGCUACGGAGGACUUCCGGCAGCACGGCCUGAUGGAAAGGUCCCUAUUGCGGGGAGUGCGACCCAUCGAGUUGCAGGUGACGAACAUGACUUUUGCGCUGAUCUUCCUGGUGGAGUUGCUCCUAAGGAUCACUGGCACCGGGAGGUGGUUUCUUUGUGAUGAGAACUGGAUGUGGAACUGGUUGGACGUGGCAAUUGUUUUUGCCUCCCUUUGGGAUGUCACGCUGGACAUUUUGCAGAUGUGCAACCUGGCGGGCGAUGCGGAGUCCAUCGCAGGCAUCACCGGCUUGAAGGUGUUUCGCUUCAUUCGGGUCACGCGGAUCUUGAAGACCAUACAGUUCGUUCGGAUCCUGCGGUUCUUCAUGGCCCUCAGGACUUUGGUGACAUCGAUCUUCUCUACGGUGAAAUCAUUGGUCUGGGCCCUCCUUCUGUUGGGUCUCAUUGUCUACAUCUUUGCAGUGAUCUUCGUCCAGGUGGUGAAUGACUAUAUGGACAGUGCCCACUCGGUGACAGAGGAAGUUCAAAGCUUGAGCCAAAGACACUUCAGUUCUUUGACCAGCUGUAUGUUGAGCUUAUUCAUGAGCAUCGCUGGUGGUGUGAGCUGGCAAGAGGUCUUGGAGCCGGUGAAGGAAGUCUCCACUUGGUGGGUCUUUCUCUUCUUGUUCUUCAUCAGCUUCACAGAGUUUGCAGUGCUGAAUGUGGUGACAGGUGUGUUUUGUCAAAGUGCAAUUGAAAGCGCCUCCCAUGAUCAAGCGCACAUGAUGCAAUCCAUGAUGCAGAACAAGGAAACGCAUCUCAACAAGAUCAAGGAUCUCUUCGCCAAGAUGGGAGCCCAUGAGUCAGGGAUGCGUGAGCAUUUUCAUAAGCCAAUUGGCUUGCCUUCUUCAAUUCGUGGAGCCUUAAUCAUGCUUUUUCACAUCUUUUCACCAAAGGCCAUGAACAUUGGUACAAGUUGUGUGGAUCUUCUUCCCUGCGGAGGGCAACAAGGGGUUUCCGACCAAGUGAUGCAGGGGCACAAGAAAACCCACAGGAAGACACCCACAGGAAACGACCGCUCAAGACCAAAACUGGUGCUUCCUUCCGCUGAAGUACAAACGGGUAACGUAGGUGAUGGGAGUGCUGGAAGGGGAAGCGGAACAAAAGCAAGCGUGGACUCCAUGCGCUUUUCGCCGCGUUGGGACAAAGGGAAGGUCAGAGACUCAGGUUUUUGUUGGGAGGGAAUGCUCAUUCAGUGCUUCUGA